AUGAAGAACGAAGGAUCAAGCCAAAGAUCCCACCACCAAGUGCCUGGUUUGGGAACCGGAUUAGUGGCUUCCUUUAUUCCUCCUAGGCGGUCUUUUACCUCCGAUGAUUUGCGAAGUCAAUUACAAUCGCGAGCUCCUGAGCCCUCGGGGAAACUUCGGAAGGCUUCCUCAAUGACAAGAAAUACUAUAUGCAAUACUGAAAGAGCUCUACGUUUGGCAACAACCUUAUUAUCGCCCAGCAUUUGUUACCUUAUUGCCAGUCUCACCGCAGCUCUGAGAAGCCUUCGGGAAGGCGGCGAGGAUGGUUUGAUAUGCUCCAAGUUGGCUUCUCAUUUGGCGCCGGUACUUUUUCCUGCGAAUUCCCAAGAAGCGACUUGUCCUCCAGUGGUUGUGUCAUCCGACUGGAAGGAGGCCGUUUUGGCUACUUUGUUCUCAGUGGAUGCUGAUAAAUGCAUCGCGCCCUCUGAACUCGUCAAGAGCAUAGUCAAUCUGCAGGCUCCAUCCCAAACUCUUGAAGCUCCAGUCAAGCAGUCGCCUUCUGAAUCAAUGCGCGUGGCCCCAUUGCGAUCCGCUUUAUCUCGCUUGAACAUAAAUAAGACCUCAAUUCGAGGGCAAGCACUCCCCGAUGGUUCUUGUCAUCAUCUUGACAGUGAUUCUGAACGCGUAAUUUGUCCCCUGGCCUCCAAAUAUGGAUACUCUCCUUCUUUGGUUCAAGCAAACACUGCUUCAAGCCUUCACCGAUCCUAUGUGGAGAGAAGCAAUGAGCCUAAACGACUGGCCAAAUUGGAGAAUACUUGUGAGCUGUUGCGACUCCUUAAUACGAUCUUGGAUGAUCGAGCAAUGGAUCCAAAAAUGAAAAUGAAUUGCCUUCGUCAGUUCCAAGCUUUCCAUGGUGAUGUAUUCUGGUUACGGUUUGGCAACGCUGAGACAGCGGACCGGUACUUUGAACGGCUGAACCAGCGAAUCGCAAACGCGGCACACCAACGGAGCUCCGCGUUGUCUGUGACUGACAUCGCAAAGUCGAUCAAACUUUUUCGGAAAAAGGAUAUCUCAACUACGUCAAACUUCUCAAAAUAG